CUGGAUGCUGCAGUUCAGUUCGAACGGUUGGAGUGAACAAACGUGUUCCAAGGAAAAGGGACAAGGAGGCCAGUUGCGCGAAGUUAACCGUAAAGUGUAGAAAGUGGAGAAGACGGGUAGCACUGUGAGGCGCAGAUCUUCCCUGAGACAGAGAUAGUAAGAUCAAUCGGUCAACAGAAAGGGGGUCAAAUUUCUAUUAAUGUGGAUCAGCGCUACAGACAAACAAGUUACAAAGCUACAAACAUACAAACAUACAAACAGAUUACAGGAUCGCGAAAGCAGCGUAACACCUCUUGUUUACUAUAAGUCUAACGUAGGAUCGCAAAAGCUUCCGAACUGAUUACAAUCGCUUCAAGAUGAUGUCCAGGAAGCUGAUCGACGACACUCAGACGAUCGAGGGUUCGGUCAUUUCGCAGAAUUUCAAAAUCAGCAAUUAUGGCUACGGAAAGGACAGUGUGAAGGUUUUGCACGUGGAACGAAAUGGAUUGGUGCACAGUAUAAAGGAGUUCGAGGUGGGAACCAAACUGAAGCUGACCAGCCAGAAGGAUUACCUGCAAGGCGACAACAGCGACAUCGUUGCAACCGACUCGCAGAAGAACACAGUCUAUCUGCUAGCUCAGAAGCACGGCCUUAAAUCUCCGGAAGAGUUUGGAAUUCUUCUGUGCCGCCACUUCCUGACAAAGUAUUCCCACGUGAACGAGGUUUCAAUUCACAUCGAUGAAUAUCCUUGGUCUCGAAUGAGCUUCGGAAAGGGUCCAUACCAGGAUCAACAUAACCAUGCCUUCGUAUUUACGCCCACUGCCUCACGCUAUUGUGAUGUCAACCAAAAACGAGGCGAUACCCAGCCCACGGUUAUCAGUGGCCUCAGCGAUUUGCGUGUCCUCAAGACGACUCAGUCUGCGUUUGUGAACUUCGUUAACGACGAGUAUCGUACGCUGCCGGAUCAGCACGACCGGCUGUUCAGCACCGUGAUUCGUUCCACCUGGCAGUAUUCCACGGUUGAUGGAGUCGACUUCGAUUACUGCUGGAAUAAGGUGAAACACUGUAUCCUUAACACGUUCGCCGGCGAAACGGAGAAGGGCAUUUUUUCGCCGAGCGUUCAGAAUACUUUGUAUCUGGCGGAAAAGCUAGCUCUCGAGAGCAUUCCGGAGAUUUCCUCGAUCGAUAUGACGAUGCCAAAUAAGCACUACUUCAACUUUGAUUUCAGCAAGUUCCCAAAGCUGGUCAAUGGAGCUGAGUUGAAGCAGGAGAAUGUGUUUCUGCCGGUGGAUAAACCGUCGGGUAUUAUCUACGCCCAGCUGGACCGCAAAUCCCCGGUUAAAAGUAAACUUUGAGUACUAGUCAGUGUUUUAUACGUUGAAGUUAAAUAAAUAUGUUGUAUUAUA